GCAUGAGUGGGUUAGACUACGAGGGGCUUGUGUAGUUUCAGUUGUGACGGACUUUCUGAGUGACUCAGCUAUUGCUGCUGCAUGAAAGAUCAUUUCUGGCUAAAAUUUAACAAUGGGUAACAAUACACCUUCAAGAGGCAUUCCACUCAAUGACAAAACAACAUUAUUCAGACAGGAGCAAGCACUUAAUAAAAUGCAGGUGACAUACAGAAUUCCAGCUCUCAUCUAUAUCCAUGACAAUCAAACUUAUCUUGCCUUUGCUGAAAAGCGUAAAACGCCAAAGGACACAGAUGCAGAAGUGCUUGUGAUGAGAACAGGAUUGUGGGAGGAUGGCAACAAAAAAGUUAAGUGGGUCAGUGGUCAUCAGGUACUCACUUUAGCUUGUCUACCAAACCACCGCAGCAUGAAUCCAUGUCCGGUCUAUGAGAGAGAAUCCAAGACCCUCUUUUUAUUUUUCAUUUGUGUUCCCUUUGGGGUCUCUGAAAGUGAUCAAAUAAAGGCAAAAAAGAACCAGGCACGACUUUGUUACAUAACCAGUCAGGACACCGGUAAGACCUGGAGUGUUGUUACAGACCUGAAAGAUGUGAUCAGUGAGCAGGAGAACAACUGGGCCACCUUUGGUAUUGGACCAGGACAUGGUGUUCAAAUGAAAAGUGGAAGACUCAUUAUCCCAGCAUAUGUGUAUUACAUUAACUCGGACAGAAAGAAGCCCACAUCAUAUGCAUUCACAUUUUACAGUGAUGAUAAAGGAAGUACUUGGAAUGUAGGAGAACAUAUAGAAGGCGAGUCAAAUGAAUGUCAGAUGGCUGAGAUCAUAGAUGACAGUGGUCGCAGUACACUGUACUGCAAUGCUCGUAGUAAAUCUGGCCACAGAGUUGAAGCUCUAAGCAGCAAUAGUGGAACAACUUUUGACAAACCUUCAGAUGCUCCGAAGCUGAUAGAGACAAGUGACGGUUGCCAAGGAAGUGUGCUGAAUAUUCACCACCCUGAUAAGGGUACAUGGCUUCUUUAUUCUCAUCCAACCGAUAAAAAUGACAGAAAGAAUCUCGGAAUCUAUGUGAAUAAAUCACCAUUGGAUCUUACGCAAUGGAACUUGAACGACAAAAUUAAUGAUGGUCCAAGUGGAUACUCAGAUCUGGCGGAGUGUGCCAAAACAGAGUACAUUGCCUGUCUCAUGGAAUGUGGGGAUAAAACAGAAAAUGAAGAGAUAGCCUUCAAGUUGAUCAAAAUUAACGAUGGUGUGGAUUCUGCUCAGAUGGACUUUCGGCUCUCGGUUGGAAAUGCAUAAAUGUAUUAAAUCAAAUAGGAAAUUGUCAAAACCAAUCAAGCAAUGCUUUCGUUCUUAUAAGUGUAUGCAAGUGAUUCUGAAAUAUCCCCAUUUACCUAAAUUAUUAAAUAUGUAGGAAACAGUAAACAUUUUCAUUAGUUUAGCUAUAUUUUACUGGUAACAUUACAUGGACAUUAGAUAAACAUAUGUAAAAAAAAAAAAAAAUUACAUUCACUGAUGUUGAAAACUGUUUCUGUAAAUUUUUAUAUGGAAACUGGAAUCUAAUUAAUCUGAAUAGACUCAUACACAGAGUGCAGUGUGCGAUGUGUGGUGUGCAUUUUCAGUUCCACUGCUCAAGUUUUUCAAUGCAAAAAUGAGUUCUGUGCGAAUGGGUUCUUAGUCCUGGGGCCAGUUGCAUAAACACAGUCACUAUGUUAAGAACCAAUAUUUGUGACACUUGUCUAAGCAGUUUAUGCAACCGGCACCUGUUGUCAGAAGUGCGUUGCCUUGGAGUAUGUCAGAAAUAGAAUGGGCUGCACUCUAGAGAGCAUCAAAGACAGCUCUUUUUUUGUUUGUUUGUUUGUUUUAACACGAAACUCGCAUCCUGUUUAGAAAAGGUAUUAGGUUAGGAUGACUUUGACAGUGCGGCACCAGGCGUGACGCAAUUGAUUUUUUAUAGUUUCAGCCUGAGGCAGUUAUCAUUUUCACAUCCUGCGCCCCUGGUGAAAAAACCAGCAUAUGCUGGUAGGUAUGUUUUGAUGCUGGUUUAAGCUGGUCCUUAGCUAGUUUAUGCUGGUCCUUGCUGGUUUAAGCUGGUCCUUUGCUGGUUUAUGGUCUUUGACCAGCAACAUGACCAGCAUAAACCAGCAAAGGACCAGCUUAAACCAGCAUCAAAACAUACCUAACCAGCAUCCCAGCAUCAAAACAUACCUACCAGCAUAUGCUGGUUUUUUCACCAGGGGCCACGUUGUUUAAAUACGAAAUGUAAUAUGAAAUGCAGUUGCGCCCAUGGGUGUGUUGGUCUGAAAACGAGGUGUGCAUUGCUGGUGCAUUGCUAUUUUGAGCCAACUGAAAUAGACUGCGCCAUUGACCAACUAAAACUUGGUCUAAAGUCAAUGGCGCUAUAUUUUUCUUUUUAUUUAAAGAGCGUGUUAGUAAUAUGUGUUUCAUUGUAUUCUAUACUACUAAUAGAAUGGAUGGGUAACACUGUUACAGUUGUGAACACAACAAAUCCGGCUUGAACAACGGUAAACAACUUGUGUAACUUAGAAUUCAGUUCAUGCCACAACAACAACCAUCCCGACAUCCUUUCUCUUUUUUCUUUCCCAAAAUAAGUUAACAACAUGACAAUUUGAUCACUUAGAAAUGCAAUGCAAGACAGCAUGCAUACAUUUACAUUUACUGUGUAUUAACUAAAAAUUCCACAAGUUCUUAUUGUCUUAACAUUAACUGUAGUUUCAGCAAGUUUUCAAUUUGUCCCUGUUGUGUGAACUACCUUUGGUUGGCAUGGGCAUCAGAGUUCUAGUUCUCCUACUGAACAACCUCUGCGCUGGGCUUGCUUUGAUCCCUUGUGAUGUUGUGUUUCUCUGAUCAAGCAUGGCAAGGUAAGGAUCCUUCCCAUCAGCUUUUGCCUUUUUCAGCAGUCUUUUUGCAGUAUUUACUGCUGAUUCCGCCAUCCCGUUGCUCUGUGGGUAGCCUAGCGACGAUGUCUUGUGUUUAAAUUCCCACUGUCUACUCAACCUUUUGAAAUCUUCUGAUAUGUACUGUGGGCCGUUAUCCGAGACAACAACAUCUGGGAUGCCGUGUCUCGCAAAAUGGGCUUUCAACUUAUGGAUGACAGUGGUUGAUUUUGUGUCAGGUAAAUAGCCAAGCUCCCAGAAAUUAGAGAGGUAGUCAACGGUGAUUAGGUAGUUUCUAUUGUCUAAAUUGAAUAUGUCGGUUCCUCUUAAAGGGAAUGGGAGAUGAGACUCUGAUUGGUUUAAUGCACAUUACGCCCAAAACCCACCCAUGACUCAUUAAGAGAAUAGGGACAACCAUGUGCCGGCCGCGCUGACCGUUUUUCCCGUCUUUAAAAUAGCAAAAGUGGAUUCGGACACGCCCUAAAUGCACCUGCGGCGCACGCUUUAGACUAUGCGCUUAGAUUGCCAAAAUAGGGCCCCUAGUGCAGAAGUUUAAAUUUUGAGGUAGAAAAAAUUAUUAUUAUUUUAUAAUAUUUAUUAUUAUUUCAUUUUAAUUUAAAAUACAGAAUCCAUGAAGGUUCCACACAGAGGUAUGCUAAACAAAAUUAAUGUCAUACUGUUACUGAAUUUAAAGAAUUAUAAAAAAUAUGCAUUCUUUUUGAUGAUCUGUAAACCAUAUUCUAGUGCUCAUAUAGUUAUUGACAAGCCACAGCUUGAAUUUUACAGUGCAAGGACAGGAAGUGUUGGUUUCUCAUGAGGUAUGUGUUGUAGCCGACCAUAUCCAAUAGUCAGUACAAACCUGUUCCCACCCAAAGAAAGUAUUUGAUGAUAACAAACCUUGGAGGUCUUGCCUGAAGUUCAGGAAUGCAGAGGCUUCACCCUUCUUCCUCCCCAAAAUUAUAGUAUUGUGUGUAGAACUUUUUCUAAACAUGUAUUCUUACAUAUUAAGGUUUUAAAGUUGUAUUAUGUGCCUUUUUAAAGUGUUUUUCAAUGUGAUUUACUGUAUAUUAAGAAUUUUUUAUGUGCUCCUUCACAUCCAAACUUAUUUUCUUGUCUUUGUUUUUUUUUUUUUUUCCUGAUAGCAAUAACUAUUGAUCAAAUUCUGUUCAAUUUCCCUACAAAGAUAAAACUAUAUACUGGGGAAGUGUUUAAAAUGUGCUAGCAAAUUUUACUAAUAUGCUGUAUGCUGCACAUUUCAAAAUCUAUAGAGGUUUCUAAUGUUACUACCAAGGUAUAUAUUAACGUUACUUGCAUUUAGUGUUUGUAAUUUUGUAUUUUGUUGUUAAACUUUUGUCACAGAAACACUGAAUGACCAAAGAUGUCUCUUGCGCAAGCACUAAAUAAUAUCAUAAUUACUUCUACAUGUUUAUUAUGGACAUGUUAUUUUAUACACGGAUGCCACGUUUUAGUUACAAUUUGUAAAGUUCUAUCAUAACAUAUCAUGACUGAUGUUUCAGAAGGUGUAUGUACUGACAAACAGAUGGCAUUCUAAUUCGUUUUUUU